UCCCCGUCGUCACCCCGGCCAGUACCAUCGAGCGAGACACGCCGUGCGUACCUAAUAACACGACUUGUGUACCAUGCUCGAUGCUACGCGACUGUCAUGAGGCGAUCGCCGCAUUUUUUAACUUAUAAUCAGUGAAAUAAUGUAAAACAUUUCGUCAACCGUCUCGCAAACGCGGCGCCGUAUCGCCUACCUGCGUGCCCGCUUUGUUUUCCUGCCGCCGGCCGGCGCGACACGCGACAAAAGCUGAACAAAAAAAAAGAAGACUAAAAUUUCGAUGUCAGUGAGCGGGAUCAUCCUAGUGUCAGUGUAGUGUAGUUUUAAAAUAGUUAAAUGGAUAAACGCCGUGCAAUGUUCGUAUGAGGAAGAAAGGCAACCGGAACAUCGUAAGUGUGGAGAGCGUGCGCUCCUGUGUUAUUUCUGUUGGGUAUAAGCAGAAAUGCGGGGUAGCCCGCCCCAGUACCCGGAGGUUUUAACAUACGAGUGGGGCGGCCGCCGCUGAUCGAAAUACGGAGAUGUCGGUGGGCCUGCAACGGCGCGUGCCAGCGUUGGACGAGAGCGCGGGCGGCGUACCGGCGGCAUGGAAGAGUGGCAACAACGACGCGCCCUUCCCUUCGUUCGCGCCGCCGGCGGGCUCUCCGGCGGGGCCCGCGUUCGCGGCUUCCCCUGCGCCGUCGACGCCGGGCCCCGGGCCCGGGUUCGCGGGCCCGCCGUACGCCGCGCCGGGGCCCUUCGGCAGCCCGUCGGCGCGGCCCGGCUCCGGCGGCGGGUUUCCCCCGGGCCCGCCGCCGCCGCAGCAGGGCCACUUCCCGGGCCCGGGGUUUGCCCCGCCGGGCUCGCCCUUCCACCCACACCCGCCACAUCCGCCUAUGCCGCCGCAUCCACACAUGAUGGCUCCAUUGCCACCCCCUGUUGAUAGGAGGCACGCGCCAUACUUCGGCCAGCCAGACUAUAGAGUUUACGAACUGAACAAACGGUUACAACAGAGGACAGAGGAGUCAGAUAACCUUUGGUGGGACGCGUUCGCGACAGAGUUCUUCGAGGACGACGCGACGUUAACACUCACAUUCUGUCUAGAAGAUGGACCCAAGAGAUACACAAUAGGAAGGACGCUCAUACCGCGCUACUUCCGCAGUAUAUACGAAGGUGGCGUAUCAGAACUGUACUACACGAUGCGUCAGCCAAAAGAGUCCUUCCACAACACAAGCAUCACGCUCGACUGCGACCACUGCACUAUGGUCACGCAUCACGGGAAACCGAUGUUCACUAAGGUGUGUACAGAAGGCCGUCUGAUACUGGAGUUCACGUUCGACGACCUGAUGCGCAUCAAGUCGUGGCAUAUGGCCGUGCGGGCACACCGGGAGCUCAUACCGCGGCAGGCGGUGCACCCGCCCGACCACCAGGCACUCGACCAACUAACAAAAAACAUCACGCGCCAGGGGAUCACAAACUCGACGCUUAAUUACUUGAGGUUAUGUGUAAUCUUAGAACCAAUGCAAGAACUAAUGUCGCGGCACAAGGCGUACGCGCUCACGCCGCGCGACUGUCUCAAGACGACGCUCUUCCAAAAAUGGCAGCGGAUGGUCGCGCCGCCUGAAUCACAGCGGCCGGCGAGCAAACGGCGUAAACGCAAAGGCAGCGCGGGCGCGAACGCCGCGCCGCCCGCGCCCGCCAAGAAACGCUCCCCCGGACCCAACUUCAGCCUCGCCUCACAGGACGUAAUGGUAGUGGGCGAACCGUCCCUAAUGGGGGGCGAGUUCGGUGAUGAGGACGAAAGACUAAUCACCCGGCUGGAGAACACCCAGUACGAGGGCGACGGCGUCGAGUGGCCGGCGCCGCCGCCCGCCUCGCCCGCCAAGACGCCGCCGGGCCCGCACUGACGCCGCUCGCCGCCCGGCCGACGACCGCCUCACCUCGCUGCGGCCCUGGUACAAUUUGUCGACUCGCAACGCGAGCACAUGGAUAUGUCAAAUAUAAAUAAAUAAAUAUAGGCCUUUACGGAUAAAUUAUAA